AUGGCGGUCUCCUCAAUAGUCACAGCAUUUUUGUGUGUGGCUAUUCAAUUGUAUAUUCGUACUUGUAUGACAAAGAACCUCUGGUGGGACAAUGGACUUCUGCUGUUUUCCAUUGUCAGAGUCACUUUCAAUCUCAUCAUGGUCUCUCACGGGGCUGGACGCCACCGAUACUACCUCACAAGAGAGCAAGCAGCCAAAGUUUUACAGUACAACACCCCUUUCGCAGCCAUGAAUAUUCUAUUCACCCGUUUCAUUUACGUGCUACUGGCGUUGACAAUCUCCAUGAGGCUUGGUACUCCAAUCUUCAUUUGGCCCCAAUGCAUACCAUUUAAUGCACUAUGGAAUCCACGUGCGACAGGCAAAUGCAUAUCAAGGAAAGUAUAUGGAAGGGUCAGCGUCUUCCAAGGAGGUAAAAUUACCCAUGGCUCUCUAAAAUAUAUGCUGAUAUACAGCGCCCUAGAUCUUCUAAUAACGUCUCUACUCGUCAUAAUCCUAUGGAGAGUUCAAAUGAAGAAGCAGGUCAAGGUCGGAAUCUGCUUCCUGCUGAGCCUGGGUCUUGGAGCUACUGCGUUUAACAUCAUGCGAGUAGUCUUCCACAAGCAGCUUGCAGCCGCAGACUUCACUUUCAAGCAGUCGACCUCUUGGGGUGUCGACAUAUCCUCUCAACUCGAACAAAAUAUCUGCAUCAUCGCUGCAGCUGUCCCAACAUUCCCACAUUUGUUCCGAAAUUGGGCUCAUGAUAUUCCUGAUAAAAUUUCCAGCAAUACUCCAAAAAGUCGUCAACUCUUAGACUUCGCUCAAUUUCGAAAGGAGCCAGGCCAGCUGAGCCGUAUUACAGUUCACCACGACAUUGAGCAGCGCAGUAGCCAAGUGGAGGUUGCCGCUAGUCAAGGCUACUGGGAUCAGGACCCAGGGGCCAAGAGGUGGUUUGAAAUUUGGACAUUCAGCCCUAGGUUAGAGCCAAAGGAUGGUGGAGAGCACGGAGCAGUUAAUUAG